CACAAAAAGCAGUGGAAGUGUGUCGUUUCUUCGUGUUUGCUUUAUCUGUGCGAAAAAGUUCCUUAUUCUGGGAUAAAACUCGGUGCACUGUGUGUAAACAAUGGUUUGUCUCGCCUAUCAUCUAAAUAUAGUUGCAUUUGAAGGGAUUGUUUUCUAAAGAUUGGUAGGCAGAACCGCAGAACUGCUACCGCUAUUAUUACCGAAGUUUUGCAGCUGCUUACAUGGCCAACGCAUGGACAACGUUUGACGCAAACAGAAACUGCUCGAAAAUUACUGUUGCUGGCUGUGAUCUGGUGAAGCAAUGGCGCGCCCCGCUGAUGUGUCCAGCAUCUCAUCAGUGUCUGCGCCAGAAGACAGUCCAGACGACUUGGUCUUCGAUCUUCCAGCCGACCUACUUGACCUGUCCUUUGACUUGCCGCCGGACGAGGCCAGCUCGUCGGGCUCCACAGCUUGCGAUGCAACUGGACCGUCUGCUGCCGAGCCGCCGCAGCCCAAGCAGCGUAAAAAGAAAAGCAAGCACCUGCCUGCCAUGCCAGUGCUGCGUUCAAGCCGUGGCCGGGAUCUGAAGUUCACUGUCCGGUAUAAGAGCGAAGGGUUCAAGGACGACGACACACCGUGGACAGUCACUGAGCGGAAGCGCCUGCUGGCUGCGCUAAAGGAGCACGGAAGCAGCGACGUCAGCAAACUGGCUGAGGCGGUCCGCACGCGAAGCGUUGCUGCAGUCAGCCACUUCUUGAAGGAGCGCCGGCGCAUGAAGGAUCGCGUCGUGAUCCAGGGCCCAGCUGGCAACCGUGCAGCAUACUCGUGCCGCAUCCUGCGGAGGGCGCUGAAUGUGAUACGGCGUCGUUACGACCGCACAAAAGUGCUCCCACAGGUCGUGGCAGUAUGUGAGCGGCAGCCGUUUCCGGAGCCCGCGGAGGAUUCCGCUGGGGAGCUGCCGCAGUUCGAGGACCUCUACCAGUUCAUGCGGGAGUUGAUGGACAACCACGUGCCGGCUGUCCUGGAAGAUUGCGAGCACUGGCUGCUUAAUCGUCUGUUGUUGAAACUUGGGACCAUGAUCGAGACGCUGGACCUGGACGCUUCAAAGCAGGCGCUGAAGAAGGGUCUCCUCUGGGCUGCGAUGCAGCCCAUCGAUGGCUACUCAAGGUCCACUGACCAGGAUUCGGCAGAGGCCCAGUCGGCGCCAUCCGAAGAAAUUGCCCAGCUCAACCUCAACUACCCCAGCAUAAAACAGCGCAAGGACGGCCUGCGCUCCUCGUUCAACCCACUCCAGAUGUCCCCGACUGCUGUCCAUGGCCCGUGGGCCAGCAUCCAGAAGUUCCUGGCCAGGAACGCCUUCCGGCACAGGAGCGCCGAGACUGACCACCCGGAGGAACCUUCAUCCAGCCCCACUGCUGCCGCCUCCACCCCCUCGGCCCCCUCAGCCCGUAAAAAGGUGGAGACCCGACCUUUGGAGGCAUUUCGUGCCUGGAAGAAGUGAUCCUACCGCUGUCUUGGCUAUCUUCGAGGCACAUGUUUCAACAUGACAUGUGGUCGUUACGACACAUGCUGUGCUCCCAGACACGCUCUUGUAAUGAGAAGUGCUAAACAAGGGAAGAGAACAAAUAUUAUUAGAGUUUUGUGAUGGUACCAUGUACCAUUAACUGUCCUGGCCAGCCUUCGUGAAUGUGAGCAAAUCCAGUUUGCAUGUUCCUUGGCUUGUUUGCAUGUAUCCUGGCACUUUUAUUUUCAGAAUACCCAUAAAGGCUCUCGGAGGGUAUUACAUCGAGGAGGGGGAGGCUUACCUUCAGGUGUUAUGAGGAACAGUAUUGUAAACAAAAAACAAAAUUAUAAUUAAAUCGUAACUCUAGUAAAAUAGAGUGCUGAUCAUUAAAAAAUGUGUAGUGUAGAAGUUACACAUGAGCAAAUUCAUAUGACAUGUACAACUCAAAAUACACAUAUUUUUUACCUUAAGGAGGAGGAGGAGUAAACAUUUAUUGUGGAACCAGCACUUUAAGAUGGCCUUAACCUUUCCUUUACCUUAAGGAAAAAGAUCUUUAUUUAUUAGUGCAUUGGGGCGCUUAUUUAGAAGGAGGUCCCUUAGCACACGGCUGAAAGGGGACCUUCUUUGCAUAAUUGUAUAAGACAACAUGAUACAAACAGCACAUGUGCACUGAAAUAAAAAGCUCAACUGGUAGAAAGGAGAAAGUUAGGUGGUUAAUUAAUACAGCACCUAUAGAAUGCCACUGGUCACAAAAGGGCAUUUGUGAGAAAAAGCAUGUUGUCGGCAUCAAUGUAUUGGAGCAUAACGAAUUAUAGAAAUACAGUGCAUUAAAAAAUUUAGGGGAAUAUAAAUUGUUGUAGGAAAAAAAACAAAACAAAACAAAAAAGAAAUGAGAAAGAUGACUGCCAGUUUGUGUGCUCAGUGUGCAGGAGCUCUUGGGACUUUUCAGAGAGAUAUCUGCUGGCAGAUUAUUCCAGUCCACUUUAGUGCAUGGUACGAUUAAACUUUGCAAAACGAUGUGAUUGCCAUGUUGGGUGUUUUAACUUCGCAUAGGUGAUAGUGGCGAAGGAAAAUGGCGGCAUGGGAAUCAAAGGACUCAUCAGAAAAGAACAGAGUGAUUGUAAAGUUUAAGAAAGACAUGCAAUUUUGCAACGUUUGAAUAAGCUUUAUAAUUGAGAGUGACUUAUUCUUUUUUUGGGUGCCGUGAUGCUAGAAUGAUGCGAUUAAUCGGAAAAAUAAAGCGCAUGGCAUGGUUUUGCACAGAUUCAACGCUAUGAAUUAGGUAGGCCUUAUCUGGGAUCCCGAGUGGCAGAAGCAGGUUCCAUUUUUGGACGAACAAGUGUUAGGUACGAGAGCUCACGUAUCUUGGGAGGCGCGUGAUUCAGCGUAUGCUUGACAAGGCCGAGCGAGCGUUUAGCUGGAUGGCUGCUUGGGUUUAGUAUUUGCAAAAAACGUCAUGGAUUUGUUAAUGGUAGGGAAGAAAGGCCAUUUGUAAAAAAAAAAAAAUGUUAUUUCUCGUGUUUAGCGAAGAAGACGUUUCCAUGAAAUAGAAAGGUUUUUGUAGGUGCUCAUAUAGGGUUGUUUUUUUUUUUCUUAUUGAAUAGGCGUCGAAGCCGCUCACUGAAUCAAGUUGUGGAAUUGGAACGUUUUGUUGAGAGGAAUUUACGUGUCAAUCAAGUUAAAGAGUGUAUUUUUGAGCCGCAUCCAGUUAUCUUCAACUGACCUUGUUAAAUAGAUGCUAAGGAAUUGGUUAGAAAAUGCAGGUAGACUUGCGAGUUCAUUCUAGCAAAGUUAACGUCCUUGCAACCUCCUGUGUACUUGUUAGUAAUUGCGGUGUCUGUUAGAUAAGACAGUGAGGUUUCCGUUAAUAAUGUCGGAGUCAGACAGACCCUUAUCAGGUGGCCAAGUUAAAGCAAAGUUCAGGAUCAUUUGUUAGUGUUAGGCUGAGAGUGUUAGCCGGCAAACCUGUUAUUUAUGUAGCUGGGUCAAGGAAAAGUCAAGACAGGUUUGAAGUAAACAUUGCUCCUCUGGUAUCGUUGGUGCGACAGACAACAUCGACCAGUUAAUACAGUAUAGACCACUUAUAACGUAACCGCUUAUAGUGCAGGACCGGAUAUAGUGCGGUCUUUCAGGCUCCCGUUAAUUUUCCCAUAGCACUCCAUGUAUACACGUAUCGCUUAUAGUGCAGUUGCGGGAAACGAAAUACCGGUUACAGUGCGGCUGCCUGGGAGUACGGAAGUCAGCGAAGACGGCGAACGCUCCCCUCAAACGGGCGCCCCAAGGAGUGCUCGAGGAAGAAAGAGAGACAAAGUGGAGGAGAAGGGCACGUGGUGCGAACGAACAGCCAGUGAGGCUGAAACCAGAAUCUUGAGUGCGAGUCGUGAAAUAUCACGGCGCGCAUAGCGAUCGAGCGCCACGAAACUGCCAACGCCGGCCAACGCCCGCUUCACAAUAACGGCAGUUAACAAAACUUCAGGGAGCGGGCAGCGCCGGCACAUCACUACUGCGAAGGGGGCACGCGGAGACCGUGGAAUUUGAGGGAGGAGGGCGGCAGGAAAGCGCAUUUCGCCUCGGCAACUCCGCCGCUUCGGUGACUACCCUCGCCCUCCCUCGUAGCUCCCUCACUUUCGAUUGUCACCGUGCGCGCCCGUCGCCGUGCAGGUGCCGCCGUUCCAGCCGGCCCGGCGCCAGCUCCCCGAAGUUUCGUUUUCUGCUGUUAUCGGGAAGCGGGCGUUCGCCGGCGUGGGCAGUUUCGUUGGCCGGCCUGGGACAGCGCCGCUGCUUCACUCUGCGCCGUAGCCGCAGCGUGCAAGGUCAACACGUGACUAGAAAGUAGAAGAAGCAUAAAGGAGAAAGAAGGGUUCACUGCCAUUUUCCACAUGUGGCUACGGUAGCGUGGCUGAGACGUCGGCGCGUACACGCAUGUUCCGGCGCAACGCAGAAUCGGCGACCUUGCCAUUUGAGAGAGGGUGAAAUUUCAGCCGCGUUUUUUUUUUCUUUUUUGUUUCGUUCGCGCGCAACAUUGAGGGGUCUCUCCUAAGCUUUUACUCUAUGGCAGUGCCGGAGCAAUGCCGGUCGGAGGCGCCGCCGCGGGAUUUGGUUUGAAUUAACGAGAUUCGACUGUAAAUUGAAUGCAAACGUUCUAGCCGCAUUCCUUGACUGUCGCAUAUGCGUGGCGGCUCGGUGCACAUGUUUUGCAUAUGUGCGGGCCUUGAAAAUGUUGCUUUGGUUAUAGCGCAGUACCGCUUAUAGUGUGGAUAUUCGCGACUCCGGCGACUUACGUUAUAAGCGGUCUACACUGUACUUGGAAAGUUGAAGUCUCUGAAAAUAAUCACAUUUGGGAAAGCGACUGAUUACGAUACUGAGUUCGUCUGAAAAUAUGCUGCUCAUUUUAGGGGGUUCAUAAAAUGUGCCUAUGAGCAGUAAGCUGAAAUCAUGUUUAGUUGUGAUCCAUAAGAAUUUUAAAAUGUAUCAAUUGGAACGUAUAAGGCAAUGAACUCCUCUUUAACAUUCCGCAGAACACCACAUUUUUGUGCUUUUGGUCACAUUGAAACCAUUUUUAAGCACAGACCAGGUACUCAAAAUGAGCAAAUUGGACACUGAGUCGUUAAUCCAGGUUUCAGUGAAUGUCAGUAGCGAUGCUGAGCAUGAAUUGAUGGUGUAUGGUAAAGCCGGAGAUUGAGAGAGCAUACUUGUAAUAUUCGUGAGGACGAAAAAGAUACUGCUCUUAUAAUAGUAGUAUGUGUGCUGAGUUGACACAGUAUGAGCAUAACGGGACGAUGGCUUCGUAUUGCAUGCGCAUCAGUCGGCAGUGCUCUAUAGAAUCUGUGUUUUGCGAUUUCCUUCAGUGCCGCACAUGUAAAUGUCACAAUUGUAAACAGCUUGUUAAUGACCAGCUUUACUCUGUCACUUUCUUUGCCUUUUGGUUUAGAGAACUGCGGAAGCUUGUGUCGUUUAUAUCGAACUGCAUCGGAAUAUUAAUAAGAAAUGCUGAGCAAAGUGUUUUGUAGCUUGUAGCAGUGCCUCAGCACCAUCUCGACUACCUUGUGAUUUAAGUAUUUUGUGAUCAUAGGUUUGCUCCUGUCUAAAGAACGACCAAAGCGGUGUACCCUGGCAACAGAAGAAACUUUUAAGCCCAAUUUACAUUUGCAGAAAUCCAGUACAAGUUCCUUAUGUGCCUUCCAUUACUCAUUUUUAUCAGCACUGGUAAGAUACUGUAAAACAAUGAAUUGCACCUAUAUGGAGCAGUUUUCUAAAUUGUCGAUUUUACUUUGAAUUCUACAGAUAUUUCUACAUGGUUAGUGGCAGCGCAUGACCUGCUUUGCAGCACAACAACCACUUGCAACAUUCUCGUCUUAAUGGAGUUAAGUGUUUCAUUCUAGUUAGGCGAAGGAGAAUGACAAGCAGUUACUUCCACUUUGGAUUCUAGUUAAGACAAGUGCACUGUAACUGCUUCUAGUUUGGUGAGGUGAAGGUGUAAUGUCUUAUUUACAGUUUCAAUAACGCUAGUGCUGUUAGCCUCAAUCAAGCAUUUGAAUGGCAUUAUGUGCAAGUUAGAAAUGUUCUUUUUGGGCUGUCACUGGCCCAGGGCUUAGCUCAAUGUCACCACAAAGGAGUAAAAGACAACACAGCUGUACAAAAUAUGCAGAAAAAUGUUUUACAGAAAUGGGUGCCACUAUGGCACUGCCAUAAGAUACACAUCAUUGCCACUAUAACUAUAGCUGCAGACAUACAGUGAACCUGCAGGAGCAUAAAAUGCUAAAUGUGACAUCCCGUGCAAAGCACUGCUGUGGCCCCUUAGGUAGCAGAUGUGAAGAUAGCACAUGGGAAGGCUGCAGCAGCAGUAAAGUUGAACUUGUUUGCUGAAGCCUGCAAUUCUCUCACUAGACACCAAAUGGCAUUUGCAGCUUGUGAAUGCAUAGGCAGCCUGCUGUUGUCGUAUAUUAUGUUGUGGUUUUGUCAUGUAGUACUUUGCAGGCAAAAGUAGUGUCUCACUGAGGCAUAUUAUCGUAGCAAGGUGCCAAUCACGCAUACUUGACUACGGUGAUGUCUGGGGAUAACAUGUGGCAAUAACGGACCGUGCUAUGCUGAAACAUGAUUGUCCCCACCCAUUUGAUUUUUUUUAACCGAAUACAGAGUCUGUAGGGCUAGGCAACCUGUGUAGACUCUGCAUGUGUUUGUUCCUCUCUCCAGUGCAGUGAGCUUGCAGUGCAACAAGUGCGUUACUUGUUUGUUGUAAUUUUGUAUGGAGAUCAUCCAAAGAAUGAGCAAAUAUUUAAGGCAUGUUUGUUUCUGUUGUUUAUUUAUUUGUUGAAGAGGCAGUGGUACUUCUGUGCCUGAAGCAUUUACCAUUAUGCUGUCAUGAAUACUCACUCUAUGAAGACAAAAUAAAUCAUCUGUUUGUUU